AGCACUAGCUUUUCUUCAGCUAGGUUUGUGUGUGUGCCGGUGCUGUUAGUACCCGGCUGUGUAACUUGAUAGGGGGCAUAGAGAGAGUGAUCAGGGAAUGUUGAGUUGCAAUGGAGCAGAGUACGAUACAGUGGUUAGGUGCACCCAGCUGCCUUCGAGGGUCUUUUGCCUUUUAUAAGUCAGUGGGUUGCAAGCAAGCAUCCGGGGGACCAACGCAGAUUUGGAAGCUUGGGGAGUUCUACUUCAUGCGCUGUGGCCCCCAGGAGCCGGUGUGUAUAGCAGAGGUCACAUUGCUAUGGGAAGAUCAGACGCAACGCCGCCUGCUGGCCAGUUCUAGACUCUACUUCUUACCUGAGGACACACCGAAGGGCAGAGCAGUAGAGCACGGAGAGGAUGAAGUCCUCGCUGUAUCAAAAAAGAUUGUGGUCAGAGUGGAGGAUCUGGUGAAGUGGACUUGUCAGGAACCGCCACAGUGGAAGCGCAGCAGUCAAAACAUUCAUGGCUCUCAGAAGUCUGAUGGGUCACAAGAUGCUAGUUAUCCACAGGAAGGAAAAACGAAGAGGGAGGAUGAGCCUCUAGUAUUACAGCAGAAGGUUAAGGUUCUCAGUUACCCCCAGUACUGCCGCUUUCGUUCCCUUCAAAGACGUGUCCCAGAUCAGGCUAUCUCCCCUAGUCUGCAGGACCCUCACCUGCUGGCUCUAGGGGGGAUAAAAGUGGCCCUUCACAACACACGAAUCCUCUACUGCCGGGAUACUUUCAACCACCCUACUCUAGACAGCAAUGCUAGCAUUCUGACACAGCUUGGAUGCUCCUCUCUCAGUCUGAAGGGGCGACCUCGUAAAAGAAAGGGCAUGGAUGGCAAAGGUGCUGAUCAGCAAAACCAUAACCAUUUAUCAGAGUCAUGGAUGGAAAGGAUGAAGGAGAAUGUGAUGGGCAGUGUGGAGAUGCAUUGGGAUGGGAACUGGCUCCCACAUCCAGAGGAGCAGCUCUUCCUGGAUCAGCUGUAUUUCUUUAUGGAGCGCAGGGGUUCCCCUAUAAGCAAAGUUCCCAACCUGGGUUUCAAAAAGAUUGACCUCUUCCUCAUGUAUUCAGUUGUAAAAAGGCUGGGGGGCUAUGAGAGGGUGACAUCGCAUCGUUUGUGGAAGAUCGUGUACAAUGAGUUGGGUGGAAGCCCAGGCAGCACCAGCGCUGCCACCUGCACCAGGCGGCAUUAUGAAAGGUUGAUGCUCCCUUAUGAACUGCAUGUAAGAGGAGAAAUCACAGAACUUGGCAAGCCUAGAGCUACAUUUGUCUCACCCACUAUCAUCAAAAAGACUGUGCAGGGCAGAGGGGUGUCAAACAGCCCAAAAAAGAAUGCAGUUACCAACCAGGCCUCACCACAAGAUGAUGGUGCUGUUGUUGUACGUAAAAGAGGAAGACCACCUGGAAAACGCAAUGCCAAGAUUCUGUCCAAAGGCAGAGUUGGAAGACCGCCCUUGCACCCCAAACCUCCCUUAGAGAAACCAGCAAGACCCCAUCAAGAGAUUGUCCAGCCACUGACUAUUUUUCAAGAACUAAAGCUCACCAACCAUCCUCAUGGCCAAGGUCUGUCGCUCUUAUCCUCUACACCGGUGCCCCACCAACCUGUGUUGGGGCGAGAUGUGAAGAUGGAGACUGUAGAACCUCAAGCUCCUUCCUUUCUGUCAGUUCCUUGCAAAUUGCUGACAGGUGGUUCCUUGGAAGGAUUCAGUCCCACUAAAGGACUGUGUCCUUUGGACCUCUUCCGAGCCCGUCUGGGUCUUAAUGGAGCGAGUACUCACGAGGUAACUCCUCAAGAUUCUUCCAUGCCCCAGCAGACAAUUAUGGUGCAUCAGCCCAAAGUCCAUACGCCUGAGACUCUUGAGAGUCCCCAGCACCAGUGUUCAGGGUGUAGUUCAGAUGCCUCAUCCCAGUACGGAAGACUCGCCGUGACUAGAGCUCCCCUGCCCCCUCUUAGGAUCCUCCCACUGGACAUUGGCUGUAGUCUGCAGCUGCGUCAACUGAUGCGCACCCGUCUUGGCUCGGCACACAUGAACACCUUCACCAAGCGACUUUCUGAAGUUCUGGUUCAGGAUCUCAGCAAGACCUCCCAACCCAAUGGCAGUAUUCCUCAAGACCAAUUCCUCCCGCUGAACCUGAGCAAGCGAGCCAUUACCAAGAGGUCUGCUGGAGACGUGGAGCUCACAGAACUGCAGAGUCGAGAUGACCAGUUAAUGACCAAAAGGCCAAAGAUGGAAGCUGAGGAUCUCGGAGUAUCUCUGAAGUGGAAUGGCACGUCCCUUCUGGGGCCUUUGAACCAAGAUGAGCCAGCUGAUCUUAGCUCUCCCAGCAGGGCCAGAGCUUUAGUUCAGGACAGGACCAAUGUGGCUUUGACUCUUCCAGAGGCCACUUGUUUCACCUUAGUGCCCAAAUUGGAUGUCCCCCCUGAAAAGCCCUCCAGUAUUGGGGCUUCCCCAGACACUCUACCUUGUAUGUAUCACCUGAAACAAGGAGAAGAGAAGACCAGCUCAAUCGCAGUGACGGAGAGUGCAUCUCUGCAUCCAGAUCUAGAACCUCAACCAAACAGUGACCUCUACUCACAGUGUGUACCUACUGAUCACAUCAAAGAGUCGGACGCAGUUUCCUCUCUCAAAGUACUCUCUAGUUCCCUCCUUUCAAAGCCAUCAAGCUGUUAGCAUGCAGGCAUGAGAGCAUUACUAACGCUUGCGUACUUUAUCACUCCUUUCUGCUCUGCCUUCCUUGUGGACACGUUAGUGUUGUGUAUGAUCAAACAGACAGUUCUUCAGAUGCAUUGCUAUCUGCUAAGUACCUGCUUUUAAAACACUACUAAACUUUGAACUGAUGCAGGUGGCCAUGGUUCUACCAAAGAUAAGGUGCCUUGAACUUGAUUAGUCUAUAUUUGAGUACUUUUAAGUUGAAACAUAUGCUGUAGUUAGUGGAUCAUCAAAUGGCCAGCCAAUAAAGGACACAUGACUCAUGGAG